AUGGCCUCAAACUCCGCUGCAUGGCUCACCGAGGCCAAGGCUCACCCCUUCCAGGUCAAGGAGGCCCCAGCCUACACGCCCGAGGCCAAUGAGCUCCUUGUCAAGAAUCAUGCCGUGGCCAUCAACCCAGUCGACGGAAGUCUGCAGAGCAAGGCCUGGUGGCCCAUGAACUACCCGACCAUUCUCGGCCAGGACGUCGCCGGUGAAGUCGUCGCCGUGGGCCCCAACGUCACCCGCUUUAAAGCCGGUGACCGUGUUGUCGGACACGCUGUCGGUAUGGCCACCAAGCGCACCCAAGACAACGCUUUCCAGGCCUACACCAUCCUCCAAACCAACAUGGCCAGCGAGCUCCCCAAGAAUAUCUCCUACGAAGAUGCCGCCGUCCUUCCGCUUGGUCUUUCCACUGCUGCUUCCGGUCUCUUCCAAGAUGAGUUCCUCAAGCUUCAGCUCCCCACGGAGCCCCGCAAAGCCACCGGCCAAGCACUCCUGAUCUGGGGUGGUGCAGGCAGUGUUGGCAGCAACGCCAUUCAGCUUGGCGUUGCGGCUGGAUACGAGGUCUUCACCACGGCCUCGCCCAAGAACUUCGAGUACGUCAAGAAGCUUGGCGCAACCCAAGCCUUUGAUUACAACAGCCCUACCGUUGUUGAUGACGUGGUCAAGGCUCUUGAGGGAAAGACACUGGCUGGCGCUAUGGACUGUAUUGGAUUCGCCGCUACCCCCCUGACCGUCGAUGUCCUUGCUAGGGCUGAGGGUAACAAGUUUGUCUCUACUGUCAAGGGUGGAUUCCAGCCCCCAGAGGAUAUCACUGUUAAGAGUGUCUUCGGUACGACCAUUAAGGAUAACCAUGUUGGUAAGGCUGUUUAUGAGGACUUCUUGCCCAAGGCUCUGGCGGCUGGUAGCUUCAUCCCUGCCCCCAGUCCUCUCAUUGCUGGAUCGGGACUGGAGAAUGUCCAGGCUGCUAUAGAUCUGCAGGCCAAGGGCACAUCUGCGCAGAAGGUUGUUGUUACCCUGUAA